AUGGCUGCUCGCUUAUUGCCUCUCGCUGCUCUCGCAGCAAGCGCGUCCGCUCUCUCCGUCCCCCGCGACGAGCCCGCCAACACUCCCGGCGUCCUAUCGCUGCCCGUCUACCAAGAUAUCAGAUUGCACCCGUUGGAAAAGCUCAGAAGAAGACAAGUCUCGGAUACAGAUGUUCCAAUUAUCAACGUUACUUCGACAACGUACCUGAUCGAACUCAACAUCGGAACCCCUGGUCAAGACACCAAAGUAGCUCUCGACACCGGAUCUUCAGAACUGUGGGUGAACCCCAACUGCCAAAAGGCUGGCAGCACCCAACAGACCCAGUCCUGCCGCGCAAACGGACAAUACGACCCCGACAACUCGAGAACAGCCCAAAUCUUUUCCGCCACUGGUCGCAUUAAGUAUGGCAAGGGAGAGGUGGCACUGCAAUAUGUUGCCGACAACAUCACUCUUCCCGGCAGCGACAUCGACCUCUCUCAGGUCACCUUCGGCUACGCCACCGACAGUGUCGACCUCAACAGGGGCAUUCUUGGUCUUAGCUUCGGAGAGAACAAGAACAACACACAGUACCCUACCGUGGUCGAAGAGAUGAAGGCUCAGAAGGUCAUUGAGUCUUUGACCAUGGGCAUUGCCCUCGGAACCAAGGACGAGCGCACCGGCAGCGGUCUCAUUUCCUUCGGCGGUGUCGACACCAAGAAGUUUAGUGGCAACUUGCAUACUGCCCCCGUCCUCGGUCCUCAAAACGGCGAGAACCUGUGGAGGUACUGGGUGCAGCUCGACUCUAUCGGCAUGAGCAAGUCUGGCAGCAGCUCAUCGACCUACUCCAACUCUCAGUUCCCCGUUUUCUUCGACACGGGCGCUACGCUCAGCUACUUCCCAUCGGCCGUCGUCGACGCCAUUGGAACGGAUCUGGGCGGCCGCAUUGACUCGUCCGUCAAUAUGUACGUCGUCCCGUGCAACCAGAAGGGCACGAUCGAUUUCAAGUUCGGCGACUUCACCAUGAAGGUGCCUCUGUCCGAGUUCAUCUGGGAGGUGGCCGACAACGCCUGCGUACUUGGCGCCGACAAGGCCACUGACGGCUCAUAUCUCUUGGGAGACUCAUUCCUUCGCUCUACCUACGUCGUCUUCGACCAGGAGACGCCCGCCCUCCACUUCGCUCCCUAUGUCAACUGCGGCACCAACUUGCAAAAGAUCCCUCUUGGCAACAACGCCGCGGCCAAGUUCACCGGCGAGUGCCAGGCCGGUUCUGGCAACACCGGCAGUAGCGGCGGCAACAACCAGAACGCCGCCGGCCGGAUGUCAGUCAGCAGCCUCUGGCCCGUUGCCGGAGCUCUGAUGGCUGUCCAGGUCCUCAUGUCAUUCCUUUGA